GCGCAGGGAGAAAGAGAAUAUAAAACGUAAACAAACAGCUGAGCCUCAGUCGCCUCACCAAGACCUGUUGUCUGUUGUCUUCCCCGCCACUGUCUGUCACCCACCACAAAUGGCAGAACUUUCCUACGAAGAAUACGAAUACGACUACGACCAAGACGCUGAUGGCAUGGAGUACGUAGAUUAUUAUGAUGAAGAUGUGUAUGAGCUCCCUGAAGGGAACUCCUGGGAACAAGAGGAGGAAGAGGAGGUUGCAUCCCAGUUUACAUUGUCAGAGUUGUAUGAAUACUGUGUGGUGCCCACCGUCUCGGACUCCUCCCGCCACCUGUACAACUUGCUGGUGUGGUCGGCGGUCUUCCUGCUCAUGACUAGAGUUGUGCGUCCCCCUGCAUGGCUUGUUCAUCUGGCGUCCGCUGCAUGUGGCUGUGUGGUGGCCUGGGAUAUGUUCGGCCUCCGCACUGGAUACAUGGCGUGUCUGGCUGGUGUGGGAGGCCUCGCCCUUGUCCUCUCUCACUUUGGUUUUGGGUGUCGUCGAGGACCCUGGACCUGUGGGGUGUGUGUGGUGUUCCUCAUUUUCUGUGAGUUGUGGUGGGCUGACCCGGUCGACUGGCACAGUAUCCGAGGCCCCCAGAUGAUCCUCCUGAUGAAGAUGGUGUCUGUUGGGUAUGACCUGGACUCUGCAGCCUUGUACAGUCCCCCCAACCCUCUAGCUAUGGCGGGCUACCUCAUGAACCCCGGCACUGUCGUUUUCGGACCCUGGUUAUCAUUUAGCUCCUACCAGAAAGUUUUACAGCCGUUAUCAUGGAAUGUGUGGAUGGUUCCUGCUGUAUUGGUUCGGCUAGCAACCUGUGUUAUAUUCUUGCUGGUGUCCACUUGUUACACCUCCUGGGUGUUACCCGAUUCACUCAGCAGAUGGGGAAUAGCAUACAGAGAUGCUCUCUCUUUUAGAUUUAGUCACUACUUUGUGUCGUACUUGAGCGAAGUGUCUGCCCUCCUUGCUGGUUUAGAUGUAGGAAGAGUUGCCAGACCGCACCAGGUGGAGAUGCCACGCUCCCUUGUUGAAGUUGUCAUAUCCUGGAAUGUGCCGAUGCAUCACUGGCUCAAGACUUAUGUGUUUAAGACAGCACGGAACCAUCUGGGGAUCUUCUGUGCACUGUUGUUCACGUACAGCAUGUCCUCUCUCUUCCACGGCCUCAACUUCCAGCUGGCCGCUGUGCUUCUCUCUCUGGGCUUUUAUACAUUUGUGGAAUACUCACUACGGGCCAAGUUGGCAAGUGUGUUCAACGCCUGCAUACUAGCCAGAGCGUGUCCUGACAACUGUUCUCAUAAACUGAAAGCGUGGUCGUGGUUCAGUUUAUCAACAAAUCUGGUGUUUGGAGCGUUGACAGUGUUUCAUCUGGCAUACCUGGGCAUCAUGUUUGACUCUUCAUCACAGCAGCAAGAGGAAGGAUACAGCAUGAGUCAUACUCUCAAUAAGUGGUCAAGUUUGAACUAUGCCAGUCAUUGGGUCAUGUUUGUUUGUUAUGUUAUGUACUCUGUGAUAUAAUGUCAUUAUUUGUUCCAGGAAAAUAUUUUGUACUUCGAAAAUCACUUCUAUAUUUAUACGUUUCAUAUUUUUAUUUUUUUUUAUUUAUGGAAAUGUGAGGGCAUUUACCAUUACAUAAAGAGGAUGAUGGUCAUUCUGUGCACUGGAGACCUGGUCACAUCUUACACAAGAUAUGGGUCGGUUCAUAUGUUAGUUAAACACCCCCGGGCUUUAGGGUUGUUGGUUCACAUCCAGGGCACCCCAGUUGUGAAUGGGCACCUAAAUGUAUAAUUGGGAAAAUGAAGGCAGAUUGCAGUGCCAGCCUCUCCACCCAGUCUUCAGCAUGAUGUGUUUAUUGGAACUGUUGCAGUGGCAUA